AUGGGUGAGGAGGGGGCGGAGCCGGGGCGGGGCACGUGUCCCGGCCCCCACGUGCAGGGCGCUGCAGAAGGGGCGCAGCGCAUGGAGGCGGCGGGAGGAGCGACCCCGACCCCGACCCCGGCCCCGACCCCUGCCCGGGCUCGGCCGGCCCAGCCCCAGCCCCAGCCCCAGCCCCAGCCCCAGCCCCCGCCCCAAGCUCAGCCCAAGAGCCGGGAGCCCUUCAGGAGCCAACGGAAGGAGUCUGAGGGCUCCGUGGAUUGUCCCAACCUGGAGUUUGAAUACGGGGAUGCUGACAGCCACGGCACCGAGCUGGCAGAGCUGUACAGCUACACCGAGGAGCCCGAGCUCAGCACCAACAGAAGAUGCUUCGAGGAGGAUUUUCAGGCUCAAGUGCAGGGCAGGAGGUGGCUGGAGCUGGAUGGGACUCAGCAGAAGGCCUAUGUCAUGCACCUGCUGGAUGGGCUGGAGGUGGUCAACAGGGACAAGAGGCUCAGAGUAGCACGGGCCAUCCUCUACCUGGCACAGGGUGUCUUUGGAGACCUCGAUAAUGAAGGCGAUGUCCUGUACUGGUCUCGGCACAACAGCUUCCUUCUGUACCAGCUGGGAACCUUCACCGCCUUCCUGGAGCUCCUCAACAUGGAGAUCGACAACAGCCAGGCCUGCAGCAGCGCCCUGAGGAAGCCGGCCAUCUCACUGGCCGACAGCACAGAGCUCAGGGUGCUGCUCAGUGUCAUGUACCUGAUGGUGGAGAACAUCCGUGUGGAGCAGGAGACAGAUCUCCCCGAGUGGAAGACCUGCCGGGAGACCUUCAGGAUGGAGCUGAGUUUCCCUGUGCACACUGAAGAGCCGUUUGCUCUUCUGCUCUUUACCAUGGUGACCAAGUUCUGCAGUGGUCAUGCUCCACACUUCCCCAUGAAGAAGGUCCUGCUGCUGCUCUGGAAGGUGCUUCUGUUCACGCUGGGUGGAUUUGAAGCCCUGCAGCUGCUGAAGGUGAGGAGGCGGGAGGAGCUGGGGCUGCCACCCUUGCCAGAGGACAGCAUCCAGGUGGUGCGCAGCAUGCGCGCCGCGUCGCCUCCCGCCUGCUCCAUCGAGCUGAUGGACCAGCAGCAGCAGCAGCAGCAGAAGCGUGGCCACCGCAGCCGGAGGCCCCUGGUGAAGCAAGACAGUUUAGAUAUCUACAACGAGAGAGACCCCUUCAAGAGUGACGAAGGAGGAGUUGAUGAAGAGGAGAACGAUGAUGUGGACAGUGGGAUUGAGGGGGAACUGGACCUGAUGGAGCGAGAUGCAAUAAUCCCCGUGCUGCCUGCUCAGCGCCCACCUAUCGAGAGGGUGUCCUUCCCCAAAGGGCUCCCCUGGGCCCCCAAAGUCAGACAGAAAGACAUCGAGCAUUUCCUGGAGGCAAGCAGGAACAAAUUCAUCGGAUUCACGCUGGGACAAGACACCGAAACCCUGAUAGGACUACCACGGCCCAUCCAUGAAAGCGUGAAGACCCUGAAGCAGCACAAAUAUGUUUCCAUCUCAGACAUCCAGAUCAAGAACGAGGAGGAGCUGGAGAAGUGUCCCAUGUCUCUGGGGGAAGAGGAGGUCCAAGAAACUCCUUGUGAGGCCUUGUACCGAGCCAUGUUGUACAACCUCCCCCAGUACAUGAUAGCUUUGCUGAAGAUCCUCCUGGCUGCAGCCCCCACCUCCAAAGCCAAGACCGACUCCAUCAACAUCCUGGCAGAUGUGUUGCCUGAAGAGAUGCCCAUCACAGUUCUUCAGAGCAUGAAACUGGGGAUCGACGUGAACAGACACAAAGAGAUCAUUGUGAAGAGCAUCUCGGCUUUGCUGCUGCUGCUCCUCAAGCACUUCAAGCUGAACCACAUCUACCAGUUUGAGUACGUGUCCCAACAUUUGGUGUUUGCCAACUGCAUCCCGCUGAUCCUGAAGUUCUUCAACCAAAACAUCAUGUCUUACAUCACUGCCAAAAACAGCAUCUCUGUCCUGGAUUAUCCACAUUGUACAGUCUGUGAUUUGCCUGAGCUCACUACAGAAAGCCUGGAAGCUGGAGACAACAACCAGUUCUGCUGGAGAAAUUUAUUCUCCUGCAUUAACUUGCUGAGGAUCCUCAACAAGCUGACCAAGUGGAAACACUCGAGGACAAUGAUGCUGGUAGUCUUUAAGUCAGCCCCAAUACUGAAGCGAGCUCUGAAGGUGAAGCAGGCCAUGAUGCAGCUGUAUGUCCUCAAGCUGUUGAAAAUCCAGACCAAAUACCUGGGGCGCCAGUGGAGGAAGAGCAACAUGAAGACCAUGUCUGCCAUCUACCAGAAGGUGCGGCACCGCAUGAACGACGACUGGGCCUACGGCAACGACAUCGAUGCCAGACCCUGGGAUUUCCAGGCUGAGGAAUGCACCCUCAGGGCCAACAUCGAAGCCUUCAACAGCCGGAGAUACGACAAACCUCAAGACUCAGAGUUUGCCCCAGUGGACAACUGCCUGCAGAGCGUGCUGGGCCAGCGCCUGGAGCUCCCCGAGGACUUCCACUACUCCUACGAACUCUGGCUAGAGAGGGAGGUGUUUUCCCAGCCCAUUCGCUGGGAGGAGCUGCUGCACUACCAGUGAGAGCAACACCUUCACCUGCCCCCGUUCCCAGCUCAAGGAGGACUCAAGGUGCUACAAGGCAAAUGAAAGGAAGAUGGUUUUGGACCUGGGUGUUCUUAAGCAAAUUUAGCCUUUCCAAAGAGACCAAGCGUCCUUGUCUAUCUACCCAGACAGCCUCAAGGAUGCAACAGGCAAACUUUUGGAGGUCAUCCCUUUCCUGGGACUUACUGGAGGCCAUACAGUAUCUACAGACCUGCAAAGAGGCCACGGGCCAGGCUGCAGUGUCACACUAGUGGCAGAGGCAAGAAUGAGUUUAUCUUUACUACAGAUUGACAGCAGAGCAGGAGAGCUGGGAGCCUCUCAGCAUGCACGUGUGCUGUCAGAGGACCUCAGCUGUGACAGGUUGCCAUCUCUCCCAGAUGCCCCACACUGUGCCUGACUGGUUUCUAAUUUUCCAGUUCUGGCUGCCUGGUAAGGUGCUUCUCACCCCCCCGUGCCAUGAACAAGCUGCCCUAACAAAGCUGAAAAUAAGAAAUGUGAGGCACUGUCUGUGACAGUCUCAACCAGAGGGGACACGUUGGCUUGGACAAAGGAGGUGACAUUACCUCUUGUCCCCAGGUUUGUGUUGCUGCUGCUGGGAUUGUUCAAUCCAAUUUCGAGGCUUGCUUCCACAACUGGCCAUUUUUGCAUCUUGUUCAUCAAGGAUAAUAAUCCACUCCCUUUUCCACUGCUCCCCUUUCUUUCCUCCACUGCUCCCUUCACUUCCCAAGAGUAAAAUGAUGGCUGAGCUGUGCAGUGUAGAGCUGUAGAUGAGGCUGAUGGCCACCUUUCUCUCCACCUGAUUGUUUUUGGAGGAUAAAUACUGCAGGUAACUUUCUUUAGCUCUUCUACCUAUGGAGGAGAGAGUAAAUGCCAUGUUAAAUAACCUAAUUUUUACAAAGAUUUUUUGGUCAUCUGGGGGAAUGUUUAUGCCAAGUCCUAAAGUGUGGAGUAAAAGUGCUUUGGUUGACACUUUAUUGCCAUCCUGUGGGGAAAAGAGCAGACUCUGAGGUCUGUAAGUUUCAGAAUGAAGAGCAGAUUGAGCUGCAAACUUUCUUUAAGGUCCAUGCUUGGGUAAAGCUGCAUCACAGGGGGGUGGCAGCUGAAGAGCAGGCUGGAAACUCUUGUGGGCUGCCCUGCUGAAGGGAGCUCAGCCCUUGGUACCGUGUGGGGUGACAGUCCCUUCUUGGAUGACCCAGCCUGAGGGCUGCAGUGGAAAGGCAGGCUGGGCUUCAUGCUGCUUUCUGAAGUGUUAUAACAGAGCCCACAAACUGUAACCUUAUUCUACAGAAUUUUAGCAGUUCAGCACAGGGAAUCCUGGAUCUAACCUUCUCCCAGCUGGGAAAUCAAGACUUCAGCUUUUGUUAAAGAAAGGUGUUAAUACAGUGCAAGGAAGCACUUUAGCCAUUCUUGUUACCAGUGUGCCAAGCACAUGGAAUCAGGGAAUUGUCAGAGUUGGAAGGGAUGUCUAGAGAUCAUCUAAUCCCACUCCUCUGCUAAAGCAGAAUCCCCUGGAGCACAUUCCCCAGGGCUGCAUCCAGGUGGGUCUGGAAUGUCUCCAGAGAAGGAGGCUCCACAGCCUCCCUGGGCAGCCUGUCCCAGGGCUCUGUCACCCUCACAGGAAAGACAUUUUCCCUCAUGUUCAGAUGGAACCUCCUGUGUUCCAGUUUAUGCCCCUUGUCCUGUCCCUGGGCACUACUGAGCAGGGUCUGGCUCCAUCCUCCUGCACCCACCCUGAGAUACUUGGAGGCAUCAAGAAGGUCUCCCCUCAGCUUUCUCCUCUCCAGGCUGAUCAGUCCCAGCUCUUUCAGCCUUUCCUCAUCAGGGAGAUGCUCCAACCCCCCAGGCAUCUUUGUUGCCCUCCCCUGGACUCUCUCCUGUCUCUCUUGAACUGGGGAGCCAGUUCACACACAAGUGAUCAAACCACGAGUAUUUGUGUGUAUUGCUGUGGAAUUAAACUGAGGAUGAUUCCUUAUGGGGUUUGUAAAAGGUGGCUUUUUCACAGAAAUGGCAUCAGUAAACCCACUCGCCUUUCUAAAUACUCUUUUGUUCAAAGUAAACCAGAGCAACAUUUACUUAAGCUUUUUUCUUCCUGUGCCCUAAUUUCAUUGCUUUUUUUGCUGUUUUUGUUUAAAAGGAACAAAAGCAUCCCCCACAAACCAACUCCUAAAAUCACCUCUGACCCCUGCCCAUCUCUCUGCUGAGGAAAGGCCUUGUCUGACAUACACCAGAAUAGAACAUCCAAAAGUAUCUAUAAACCCCUAAAAGCAGCAACCCAGAAUUAUGGGCUGUAGAUGUCUUCACAGUGAUUGUGCUUGUUAAAAAGUAAAGAGUUUUAAAAAUACAUAAAGCCCCUCCAAGCAGUAAGGGAUGAAGACCAGACAUAGGGUCUAUAAUGGAAGCAUGGGGCUGUCUUUAGGGAAACUGGGAGAGCUCUGGAAAUGUAAUUUCAGCACCUGUACUUUAGCUCCCCUCUUAAAAUAUGGCAUCUACCCAUUCCCUGUGUUCCCUAGAGCCUACUGGUAGUAAAUAAACUAAAGAUUAAAUAAAGUCAAAUAAAUUAACAAAGCCCAGCUAAUCAGGGCAGACACAUGAAGGUCUGUUAUAUAUUUAAGUAGUAGAAAUACAGUAUAAAUAUGAUUAUUUUCAGCAGGUACUGGGGUCCAGAGCCCAGGACUAGCUGGAAAGUCUAGGAUUUUCUCCGUGAUAUUUUGUCUCCUAUUUUCCUACUAAAUGUGCAAUUUCCCCCUCAUGGCACAGUCCUGGGAAUGGAGCUGGACCUCUGUGUGGGAUCAUGUAUCCUGGCACAAGGGACACCUCUCCAGCACUGUUGGUUCCUUUUCUCCUUCCUUCACAUGGUGACCCCAGACUUAAAGAGUCUGCAGUGGGUUUUUUCUGGUUAACCAUAUUAUACUCCUUGCUUUAGCAUUCUGUGUUUUAAAGUGACUUAUGAAACAGUCUAAUUACCCAACAACUAAGUGUGAAUGUAAAGGAGGCCCUAUCAAUGUAUGCAAAUCCUGUUAGUCUUAAUAAACUAAGGUCAUGAAGGUAAGUCAGUGUGUGUCCAAGGGGAAAAGGGAAUGAAGCAUUUAUUCAAGAAUCAGAAACUUAGACAAGCCCUUGCUAUUUGGCUCAAAACAUGUUUUUUCCUCCCAAGUGUCUCUUUCCCACAAUACUUAUGUUCCAAAAAAUAACCAGUACAUAAAGAGUGUAUAUUUUCCUACAUUUUAUAUUUAAAUUGGAGCAACCUGGUCUAGUGGGAGGUGUCCCUGCCCAUGCAGUGGGUUGGAACCUGAUGAUCUUGAAGGUCCCUUCCAACCCAAACCAUUCUAUGAUGAAAUUGUGCUUCAUAUAAGGUUUCCAUGGCUUUUCAGUGCCUUCUGUUUUUACUGAGGUAGAGAUGAGAAAUACCAAUUAUUAUCUGAAUAUCUGUGUGGUAGAGGAUGGUAUAAACUGUUAUCCUUAAGUACUAUUUAUUUCCACCACCACAAAUUUGCUUCCUAGAGACAGACCUCUGUACAAACCUUGAACCUCUGUGUAAAAAAGUAACUGGGAAAGGUACAUCUUUGAACUGGAGUAUUUGUGUCUCAUUAUGGAUUUGUAACAAAGACUACAGUUCUGUCGAGAUGUACCAUGUUUAGUGAGGGUUUCUUCUGGAAAGCUGGAAAAGGUGGGUUUCCUUUCAUAGAAUCAUAGAAUAAUUUGGGUUGGAAGGGACCUUCAAGAUCAUCAGGUUCCAACCUCCCUGCUAUGAGCAGGGACACCUCCCACCAGACCAGGCUGCACAAGCCUCAUCCAACCUGGCCUUGAACACCUCCAGGGAAGGGGCUUCCACAACCUCCCUGGGCAACCUGUUUCAGUGCCUUCCUACCCUCAUGGUGAAUUUCUUCCUAAUAUCUAACUUAAAUCUCCCCUCUUUCAGUUUAAAACCAUUUCCCCUUUCAGUCUGAUACAACCUGCUGGCCUCUGCUGAGCAGCUGAAAUGCCAGCUCAGCAGGAAUAGAGAGAACCUCCAUUUUAAUAAAUUUACUCCACUUACAGACAGAUGUGGGGAGUUCAAACAACAUGACAUGUGAAAGACCUUCCCUCGAGGUGUCUGGGCAAGUGUGUUAACUGAGGCCUCACUAGAAAACUCCCUUCCCAGUACUUCAGAGUCCCAGCUGCUGCUUCUCUAGCAGUACUAGGAAAGACUCCAUCCUCCUCUUGCACUUCUCAAACUGCAUGCAACAGCAGUUAAAACCUCUUUGCUUCACAGUGAGGAUUUUCUUCCCCUUAAAAAAUUAUCAGAAGAGCCAGGAGGCAGAAAUUAUAGAAUAAUAAUGUUGAUGUGUAGCAAGGAAGUUUCAGAGCCAAGUUUUGGAUGGUUUCUGUACAGCUGAAGGAACCACAUCUGUUAUCUUACUCCAAACAGGACUGUUUGUUCCAGGAACACUCAAGUUGCUCAGUUUCUGGUUUAAUAGUACAUGCAGAGCUGCUUUUUUGUCACUCUGGUUGUUCAGUCUUUCUUUCAGAUGGUUGCUGAAAGUUUUGUUGUCUGUUGGCAAGUCAUUUUCCUCAGUACCUCUGUACAGAUUCUUCUAUUUUUAGCCUUAUUUCCUAAGGAAGGCAGGCACAUGCGAUUACACUCUUAGUUUCUCCAUCCUCUAGAAGCAACUUCCAAACUGGGUAGCUAAUUUCAUGCAAAUUUGGGAGGCUAGAAGGCCUCAAAGAUACUAAUUUAUCUUAAAAAUGAUACUGAGGUGUCCUGGCCUGACAGCUGCCAGAGCUAAAACACUCUGUAUUUAUCCAGUUGUAACUACAGCAGUGACUUUAUGAGGCCAGGUUUAUUACACUCUUGGUUUGCAGAAACUUCUCUUAAUUAUUUAUCAAAAGCCUUGCAUUUGUAAACAGUAGCUUGUUUUGUAGCCACCUCCCAGCAUCUUUACCAAAUACAACAGUUGACUGCACAGGCUAAUUUUUGUCUGCUUAUUGUAACAUUUGAGACACUCUUGUCAUCACUGAUACUUCUCUUUAGCCACAAUAGUUAGGAUAAUGUGGUCUCUUGCCAGUUGUUUUUGCUGAAAGGAGAUAAUGAGCCUAAUUAUGAUUGCUUCCUUGAAGCCAUGUGGUUUGUUAAUAAAAAUUACACAAAAUCAUUUUUCCCUAGACACAGUAAAAA